AUGUUUGGAACAUACUGCGAUGGUAAGGGCAUGGUGCGAAGGCCAAACCCAAGUAGUGUUUAUGACUGUGCUGGUGGUGUGAGGGGAUACUGCUAUUGCUGGCGUGUGUUGGACGACAUUCUGGAGAACCCAUACUACAAGAACCCAAAUCAGCCAGGAGGGCCAGACAUGGCGGGUCCUUUCGGACCUGGAGGCGUAGGGGGAACUUCGGGAGACGCCGCGAGGUGGGGAUACAUGGCUUGGGAGUCACUUAAGCUCAAGAACGGCACAAAUUCAACGAAUGCGACUUACUCGAGACCGCCGGCUCCGAUGACUCUCCUGCAGACCUCGGCUUCAAACUCUGGACCUGCUCCUAGAAACGAUCUCUGGACGCUUAUUCUAGGGGCUGCCCUCAGCGGUCUCCUGCUUCCUUCGCGGGGCACGCUCUUGAUCAUUUUGCUCGCUCUCUUACCCCAGGUUAGCGCACAAGGCGGGCAAGUUUGGCCCCCUCCAAGCCCACUCUACCUUCUCGAGUGCAACAAAGGCAACGUACGAAGGCCGGAACCGACAGGUCGGACUGAAUGUGUGGGAAGAGGGAGAGGAACUGGAUAUUGUUAUUGCACACGUGUGGUGGAUGAGAUUCUGAACCCGUAUUAUGAUAUCAUGAAAGGAGGGGAUCGGUGGUCGUCUGAGUGGGGAUACAUGGCUGGCGAGUCGUUCAAAGAGAAAGCGCCAACAAAUGCAACGGACAUCACAAAUUCCACGAACAUAACUUCUUCCGGCGCCUCAGCGCCGCUUAUCCUUCUAUUCAAGAACGAGACAAAUGCCACUUUCUCGGGAAGACCAUCACCUUCAUCACCUCCUGUCGAUACCUUACAUAAGUCCGCAGCAAGUACCCAAAGAGCUUCUCACCGUAGCCUGUAUGCUCUCACUUCGAUGGCCCUUGGAGUUUGGAUUAUUAUCUGCAGUCUUGUCCUCUGA